GCGAGGUCAGAGGGGAAUGGUGAGAGUUGAGGCGAAGGUGAGUGGCGGUGUGGAGGGUUGUCUGCCCCGGAGUGGAGCUGAGUCCUGACCUCGACCCGGCCCGAAUGGAGGCCGUCCGGCUUUAAAGGCUGGCAGCGCGAAUUCUCCCUCGACCAUCUACCCGUCGGGGUUACCGCGAUGACGGCCAACGAGGAGCAGACGAUGGAGCUUGAAGCUCUUCGCUCCAUUUAUGAAGGUGAUGAAUGUUUUAAGGAACUUAGUUCAGCAUCUUUUCAAUAUAGGGUAGGUAACCUUGGUGACCCUAAAGCCUUCCUGCUAGAAAUUUCAUGGCCUGAAAUGUAUCCAGAACUGCCCCCAAACAUAUCAUUGAACGCAUUCUUCAAUAAUAGCAUUUCUUCUUCAGUAAAGCAGGAUAUAAUAGCCAAGCUACAUGAACAGGCUGAAGCAAACUUGGGAACAGCAAUGGUGUACACACUAUUUGAAUGGGCUAAAGAGAACCAAGAGGAGCUUAUGGAAAACCAUCAGCCAGUAGUUAGUGCAGUGACGCUAUCAAUGACUGAAAAUACUGUAACUUCUCAUACUUCUGUUGCUAAGAAAAAGAAAAAAGAACAACUGUCAAAAUCUCAAAAGAAGAAGUUGGCUGAUAAAACAGAUAACCGAGGGGAAUUGCCACGUGGAUGGAAUUGGGUAGAUGUCAUUAAGGUAUAAUUUGUUUCAUAAACUUCAACAAUUUGAGAUGCAUUAUUACCAUUUUCACACCUGACAA